UGACCGCCUGUCAUGGAGGGCAGCGACGAUCUCUCGUCGCAUUACACGGUGUUUGAGGGCUCCUCCGAGCAGGACGUGAUGUCCUGUAAGAUAUUCUGGAACUCGGUGAGCUUGCAGCCGCCGCUGGAGUCCAGGCUGGUGACGGGAGACAUGGACCAGCGACGGAGGGCUGCCGCCAGCCCCCGACUGCAGAAGAACUAUGCACACGAGCUUCCCAUUGAAGAUAUCCAGAAUGAACAACUCAUAUAUCAAGCCCAAAAAGAAGAUUAUCUAGAGCAGAAGGCUAUUUAUCUAGAAGCGGCUCAAAGAAGGGAAGAGAUUAUAGCACUCCUGAAAAAGCAAAGAGAAGAUCGAAUUAAGAAAGAAGCCAUUUCCCUGCCAUUUAAACCAGUAAUUACAGAAAGAGAACAAAGGUCUUGUCCAUCUCACAAAGACAUAGAAGUUCUGGAAGAUGUAAAGGCUGUUCGUCAGCUUCAAUAAUUCUCUUUUAAACCAUGUGAUAAACCCUAUAAUUAUUUAUGGAUACUCCUUUGGAAAUACUGUGAUAAGCUGUAUGAUAUUUUAUGUUUAAAGACUCUUUUAGGAUAAUCCGUGAGUCCACAAGUAUUGUGUUUAAAAGUGGGCCUCCAAACCAGGACUGUAUCAAAAUAGGUUAGUAAGCAUUUGCCAUGUUUAUCUUGCAUUAGAGAUCAA